AUGGCAGCACCCAGUCUCUCCUUCCCGGUGAACCCGGACGACUUCGAGUCGGACGAUCGAAUUUCCUUUUCCAAGCUCGACAACAAGCACAUUGCCGUGCAAGAUGAUGGCACAGAGUUCGAGUUUGACACACAGCUGAAGCGCUGGAUUCCCGCGCUCACCGAGGAGGAAAUCGAAGCGCAGCAACGCAUGUAUGGCGGGACGCCAGAGGACCAAGCAGAGGCCAGCGACAACAAUAACAACAAGCGCAAACGCAAAGAGGAGGCAGCGGCGGCACGCAAGAAGCAACGGGCACCGCCACAGCCCCGACAAAACACGGCCGUCUACGUCACAGGCCUGCCGCCCGAUGCGACCGUCGAUGAGGUGCACGACGUCUUUAGUCGCAAGUGCGGCGUCGUUGCCGAGGAAAUUGACAGUGGCCGGCCGCGCAUCAAGAUGUACACGGACGCGGCCGGCAAGUUCAAGGGCGACGCUCUCGUCGUCUUCUUCAAGCCCCAAAGCGUCGAGAUGGCCAUUAUGCUGCUCGAUGAUACCCAUUUCAGGUAUAGCGCCAGCGGCCUCCCGUCCGGUAAGAUGAGGGUACAGGCCGCCGACAGCAGCUACAAGAAGACACAGUACGAGACGACAGAGGGGAACUCAGGCGGAGCUCAGAACGGCGGCAACGGUGCUAGCGCAACAAACAGUGCAAACGGAAGCGGGGCAGCGACGCCAAAUACAAAUGCAAGGGACCGCAGGGAGCGCGAGCAGGAAAAGCAAAAAAUCAUCAAGAGGACACAAAAGCUGGAUGCCAAGCUGGCGGACUGGGACGAUGACGAGCCAUAUGGGGCACAGCUGGAGACGAACGUGCGCAAGGACAAGGUCGUCGUGCUGAGGCACAUGUUUACGCUCAAGGAGCUCGAGGAGGACCCGGCAGCGCUGCUCGAUAUCAAGGACGAUAUUCGCGAGGAGUGCGAGAAGCUCGGCGUCGUCACGAGUGUCACGCUAUACGACCUCGAGGUGGACGGUAUCGUGAGCGUCAAGUUUCAGACCCCCCAGGCUGCCGAGGCCUGCGUCGAGCUCAUGGAUGGCCGCGCCUUUGAUGGCAGAGUGGUCCGGGCCACAUUUGCCAACGGCAGGGAGAAGUUCAGAAAAUCAGGCAAGGACGAGGGCGAAGAGGCAGUAUGA